UUCUGCUCUCCAUCACCUCACAAACACCUCAUACACUCCUCACACAAUCCUCACACACUCCUCACACACACACACUCCUCCACUGUGUGUCAGGAUGAAGCUCCUCGCUCUGGUGCUCCUGCUCUCCGCUUUCUCCUCACUGACCCUGACGGAGGUUGAGGAUUCUUUGAGCUCUUUUAAAGAACGCUGUCAUGACUUCUUCAUCCCAAACCCAAAAAAUAAAAAUGACGUCAUAGUCCCCACUAUUUUCAAAGGACAUCAGUAUAAGAAGAUUUGUCAGCGCUGGAAAAACAAAUACAGAUUUGCGACUGUGUAUGACACUGAGAAGAGGAUCCCUGUUUACUCGGCCUACACGUUCCUACAGAAAGAGAAUACUACACGCCGCAAUAGGUGGAAGAUUGAACCUCAGCUCGAAAAUGUCAAAGAAUAUGAAGAAAAGAAAGAAAUGAUGGAUUCCCCCAAAAAAGCAGGAAAUAUAAUUAACCAGGCUGUGAGCUCAGAUUAUACAAACAGUAGUUAUACUCGAGGUCACGUGUUUCCAUGUAGCUUUGCUGCUGAUCAGGAUCAAGCAGAUUCCACCUUCACUUUAACCAACAUAGCACCACAAACAAGAAAAAGCAACAACAAGUGGGCAAGUCAAGUGGAGGAACCGAUGCUUACAGAAAUAAAUGAAAAUUGCAGGCUAGACCAAAAUCACCUGGCGUACAUUGUGACCGGGGUCGUUCCAGGGAAGAAAUGGAUACCCAUAACAAGAAACAAAAAAUAUAAAAAAGGUAUUAACAUUCCCAGUUAUUUUUGGAGCACUUUCUGUUGCACCAGUAAAAACAAUAUUAAGAAACUCAUAUCAAGGGCCUACAUCGCUCAUCAACUGAACUUUAAACUCAGGUGCAUGACCAUUGCCAAACUGAAUAAACAACUCACUAAAUUCUAUAAAAAAGGGACAGAUUUCAAAGUUAUACGAGGAAGAUCAUCUAACGAUAGACCUAGGAUUAGAGAAAAAGACUACGUUCUGCUUCUGUCGUCCGUCUCUCGUGCCGACUCUGAUCUGCCGCAGUCUCCUCAAUAUGAGGAGCUGCUGGAGGUGGUUUCGCAGACCGUUGCUAAACUUAGCAUCGACUGGCCCGCUGAAACACGGGUUGAACCGCAGGGGUCGAAGCUAGGUGAGCGCUUCCUGCGCAGUAAACCGCCACCUCCACGCCGGAGCCUGCCUUUUUUCCCCGACCUCCACACUGAGGUGUCGAGGUCAUGGAGGAGGCCUUUUUCGGCCCGUUAA